UUACCGAUCAAUUAAAUGACAAUUAGUAAAUAAACGAUGGCAAACGAUAAGAAGUUCAUAGAAACUGUGUUCGAGAAAUUUGAAUCACUUGAUGAAUUUAACAGGGAAUGCAUUGGACACUAUGAUGCAGACAGAGAUGGGAAACUGAAUUUUAAAGAGUGUUCAAAACUGAUGGAAGAUGUAUUUCAGUCAAAAACUUACACAUUGACACCAUAUUACAUGGAGCAGAUUUUCAACUUGCUGGAUGAAGACAAAGAUGGACUGAUAUGUCAAGAGGAUUUCCGUCGAUGUGUAUACUACUGGUUAAAACAGACCAUGAAGCCUGUGUCCGCAUUCAUCAUUGUUGAUGUCCAGAAUGACUUCAUUACGGGUUCAAUGUCGCUACUGAAGUGUCCCGCAGGUCAGGACGGGGAGGAAGUGAUCCCAGUGAUUAACAACCUGCUGGACACAGUACCCUUUGACCUCAUCGUGUACACGAAGGACUGGCACCCAGAGGAUCAUAUCUCGUUUGUUGAGAAUGUCACUCAACGUCCACUGACCAGAAACUGCAAGGUGAAAGCAGAAGAUGCCAAGGUGUAUGAUGUUGUGGAGUUUGACGGUCCCCCCAGAACUGAACAGAAGCUGUGGCCAAAGCACUGUGUCACCAACACAUGGGGCUCUGAACUGCAUCCAGAUUUAAAGAUAGCAAAGAAUGCCCAGUUUGUGAACAAGGGGCAUCACUCAGAGGUUGACAGCUAUUCAGCAUUCUGGGACAACAACAAACUCUCUCAGACGGAACUCGUGAAAAUACUUGCGAAACAUAAAGUCACAGAUGUAUUUGUGUGUGGGGUGGCGUAUGAUAUCUGUGUCGGUUACACUGCAUUUCAUUCUCUGGAGCAUGGGUUUCGAACAAUUCUGGUAGAAGAUGCCUGUAGAGGAGUUGACGUGAAAGCAAUUGAGGAAACCAAACAAAAACUGCUGGACAGUGGUGCUAUCAUUGUCAAAUCAUCGCAGGUGAAUGCCAUAGUAACUGGGGAAGAUCGACCAACACCUCUUGGGUUGCAGACUGCCAAAAAUGUGGCCCUCGCACGAGAACUCGUAAACCGUGGAAUUGUGAAAUAAUGUUGGCGCACGUGUUAGCUUCUCAUCACACUACCAGAUCUGAUAAAAUUCCAUUACUACAAGAUGUUUUGUAUAAUUUUUCACAAUUAUGUAACAUCCACUUUAUCUAUUUAUUAUAGUUGUCAUCAGGGUUCCCUCUGGGCUUUCAAAAGUUGUCGCCACUUACUUUCGCCAAAUUUAAAAAGUUGUCGCCACACUGGGGCAACAUUUGGGCAAUGAAGAUCAUGUUAUUAUAAUACACACAAAAACUGAGCAUUUACAG